AUGUACAAACCGCUUCUGCGCAUCAAGAGAUCUGGGAACUUGGGAUUGGGAAAAGAAGGAUAUAAGUACUACGACGUAAGGAAGAGUGGGUGGAAGAAUCAGAAUCAGAAUCAGAAUCGGAUAAGAAGUAAAUCUUACAUUCUUGGGUUUGGACUUGCACUUGGGGUGCGUGAUCGUGAUCGUGAUCGUGCGGUUGUUGGGUUGGGUACGCAUUCAUACUCGCAUUCGUAUUCAAAUUCGCAGAGGGAAAGGGGAAAGAGUCUUGGAAAGAUGGAGGGUGUCGGUGCAAUGGAUAUGGCGAGGUUGGCGGAAGAGGGAGAUCGUGUGGAGGUGGGAGGAGGUGGGAAUGCGAGGGGUGGAAAAGGUGGAAAGGGGAGGGGGGGAAAGGGAAGAGCUGCUGGUGGUGGUGCUGGUGCUGGGAGUGAAAAAAAUAGGGAAAUGCUUGUUAGUAAGGCAUUGUCGAAGUUGUUGAGACAUGCGGCGGAGAGUGAGGGGAUGAAGUUGGAUGGGGAGGGGUUUGCUAGGUUGGAUUUGGUGAUGCAAUGGCCUCGUCUCAAAUCUCUCAAACCUACUUUUGCCGAUAUCCGCACCGCCGUCACCGAUAACGCCAAACAGCGUUUCUCUAUGAAACCCAAUCCAUCGCUUCCAGAACCGCCUUCUCCUUCUUCUGAGAAUCCAGAAGAUUGGAUGAUUCGUGCUAAUCAGGGCCAUUCCAUCGCGAUUGAUUCCGCGGCGCUACUGGUCCCCAUCACGCUUGAAGCGGGAAAUGUACCGGAAAUUUGUGUGCAUGGGACUUACUUUGCCUUUUACGAGGAGAUUCUAAAAAGUGGAGGAUUGAAGAAGAUGGGGAGGAAUCAUGUUCAUUUUGGGACAGGGAUUCCGGAAGAUGGGGGGGUGGUGAGUGGAAUGAGAGGAGAUGCGGAGGUGUUGAUAUAUGUGGAUGUGAAGAGGUGUUUGGUGGAGGAACCGGAGAUGAAGUGGUGGGUUAGUGAGAAUGGGGUGGUUUUGACGGAGGGGGAUGGGGAGGGAGUGGUGGGAACGAGGUUUUGGAAGAGGGUUGUGGGGAGGAGGGAGGGGGGUUUGUUGUGGGAGGAUGGGGUCAAAGUGGCGGAUUUGGAGGAGGGGCUGAGGAAUAGGAAGGCGCCGAUGGGGAAGGGUGGGAGAGGGGGUGGUGGUAGAGGUGGAAGGGGUGGAGGAAGAGGAAGAGGAAAGGAAGGGAGAGGUGGAAGAGGUGGUAGUAGAGGAGGUAAAAAUUCAGAUGGAAAUACGGAGACUACUAUUGAAGAAACAAAACCUGCAGAGGACUGUUGA